ACAACGGCAUCGCAACGAACAAGCUAGAUGGCAAUAAUAAAUAAAUAAAUAAAAACACAGUAUAAAAUAAAAUAGAAAUCCAACAAAUGCCGGUAUUAAACAUCGACAAAAGCGUUCCGCCGUCAAGUGCAGUGUGAUAAUGCCCUUGUCACCGAUAAAUCGAUGGAGUAAUUACAAAAAUUGAGUGGUGGUAAUACGAAAUAAAGAUUCGGUGACAUCGGGCCGAAUAAAUCCGCGUAAUAGUUCAGUAUUAAAAUAGUGCUGAUGUCGCUGACACCGAGGAAUAAUAAGCGCACGUAAUAGCGAGUGGUGGAUUGUGAUAAAAAUCGUGAGGUAUCGGUGGUAGAACGGUUAUUACAUUUGUUUCCUCGUGCCCUGGAGCAAGAUGGCCGCUCACGAUCAUAUGACGUUGAAGCGUGUAAUACUAUUGACAAAGAUGGUGAGAAGUAUGCGGUCGACAGGCCGCUACAAGUGGAACUGUCGACAGCACUGACUGAAAAUUGUCUGGUGAGGGUGGCGGGUAAACAGGAAGGGGCCAGGCCAAAGGGGCCAAGCACACGGGUCACUGAUACUCGUGAUGCAUAUGAUCACUCUGCGUGGAGAAAUGAUCAUAAUUAUUCGCAUAUUAUGGAUAUGCAUGCCGUUGAAAAAAAUGACAAAACGGCAAUGCGUUGCGAUGCUUGCGACCAAUUUGUGAAUAAUAUCAAUAGUAGUAAUGUUAAUAAUGUCAAUGAUAUUGAGACUAUUGUUUGCACGAGUUGUGUCAGCGUAGCGCAGACAGUACAUUCACCGUCCAGUUCUUUGUCAUCAUCAACGGACUCACAACCACCAACCCCACCACCAAGACAGAGCUCAAAUGAUCCGUUGUCAACGAGGGAUUAUGUUUAUUUUGAUACAGUCGAUAGUGGCAAUGGACAGAACAACGAACGCACUUCCUUCCCUGUUACUGGUGCGAAGAUAAACGAAGCAGUAUCAUCCCUUCACCACGUAAAAAAUCACCGUCGUGGCUCAUGGUCAGACGCCCCAAGCAAGCGUAACUGUCCAAAGAGAUCGCCCUCCCUGCCCCUCCUAGUAACCCGAUGGACUUGCAUCCGUUGCUUACAAACAAAUUGCUGCAGUGCAACUCCCAUCUGCACAGCUUGCGGUGCAAGUUCAACAAUAGCACAAACAAAUGGUAAUCUCAUAGGUGUAAGACGUGGAAAGAGAUUGAAGGCCCUGAAACUGAGCAACAAACAAGAUCCAAAAGCUGAUCUUGUUGCUACAGUGGCAUGCGGCCUAGUGUCACGUGUACUAGACAUUGGCUGCGCUAAUCUCGGCUCAGCAGCUGUACUGGACCGAGAUCUGGGUAUGGCACAAUUGAGUGGUUUUAAUCGAGGUGACAGAGUACAAACACACCGCGAAGAUUGGCAAUUGGUGCAAGUUGAUACGAUGGAACCAGGUGUACUAUCAUUCGGUGAUACAUCUGAUUCAUCGCAACGUUCACCAAAACGUCAAAGUCCCUCGGUUUACGAGCGCGUCAAGUCCAAGGUGAGUCGGUCACUAUCAAACGGCUCAGUUGUUCAAAAAAUCACUGGCGACAGCCACGACAUACAGCGACCAACAAGCCUGAUUGUCUCUGAGACACACAAUAGUACAGACGACACACUAUGGAGCUGUGAUAAUUGCACACUUGACAAUGCACCUGAAUUGGAGCAGUGCGAGGCGUGUGAAGCACCAAGAAGUCCAGCGCCAUGCAGUGGUGUUGUAAUAAGUGUACCCUCUUGGGAGCCACGUCCACUCUCAUCAGCCGGUCCAUUAUCAUACAGACGCUCAUUCUCAGAAGUCGAGAGUGUCGCGAGUUCAAUGCAAAAAAAAUCGGUCAAUCGACGUAGUUUGAAUGAUAAUGAACCACCAGCUGUACCGCCUCACUCUGUUGGUUUUAAUUCUAGGCCUAAGUACUCGUACAUUGGUAUUAGUGACCCCGAUACUCCACCACCAUUGCCGAAGAAACAGAGCAGUAAAUUGGCACUAAAUGUAACACGUGCACACAGUGAAUCAACGAGUCCUGUUGAUACACCUGGUACAAGUCCUCUUAAACGCAUGUGGACAUGUCGAAAGUGUUCAUACGCUUACAAUCCACUGUGGUCAACUGGUUGUGAUAUAUGCAGUUCAUUGAGAACACCACCAUCAUUACUGCAGCCUAGUUUGAUAACUGUUACAAAGGACGGUGUAAGUGGACGUAGUAAAGUUCAAUCACCCAUUGUCGUGUCGAGAGACAGUGUUAGAUAUAUACCGCGAGCAACCCUGGCUACCGCUGAGUCUGAUCUUGAUGAUCAGAUUGAAGUGCCAACGCCAGCAUGGACGUGCAGAAAGUGCACUUUAUUGAAUCCAUCAACGAGAACAACGUGCGAAGCUUGUGGUGGUUCAAAGCUCAGAAGUGUCACUCACUUGGAAGAUCCAACACUGAGAAAAGGUGAAAGCUGGGUAUGUCCAUCGUGCACUCUGAGAAAUCCCUUGACCGCCCAGAAUUGCAAUGCCUGCAAGACAAUGGCUGACUUUCUGGAGGUACCACGUGACAAUCGAACCCCAUCAGCACAGCGCAGUUCCAGUCCCAGAUUAUCUGGUGGAAUUGCCAAUGUCAAAGUGGCAACACCGAGACACAGUAGAAAUUCAGUGAGACGAAAUGGACCAACGUCACUUGGUGAUAAGAGGCACUCUAGGGUCAAAGAACCGGGGCAAACCCAGUGGCAGUGUAAACUCUGCACCUACGAGAACAAAAGCACAAAUGGUACCUGCGAGAUGUGCCAAAGCUCCAAGACACUGUCCCAAACACCUGGGGACAGGCUGCGGCUCAGUGAGCCUGGAGCUAGUACUCUCAGAAUACAACGACAGGAGAGCGUUGUGAUGGAGAAUCUGAGGCACAUUGAGGAGCGGGAGGCAUUGGAGAAGUGGGAGAGAAUAGUUCGUUACUGCAAGGAAACUAAUGAACCAUUUGUCGAUGAUUCGUUUCCACCAGCGCCCAAAUCACUGUACUAUAACCCUGCCGAUACGAAAGACAACCACGUGGUUCAAUGGAGAAGACCACACCAGAUCAAUGUCGACUCUAGUGUAGAUUCUAAACUGCCUUGGGCGGUCUUCAGAACGCCAUUACCAUCGGAUAUAUCGCAGGGUGUCUUGGGUAAUUGCUGGCUGUUGUCGGCAUUAGCUGUUUUGGCUGAGAGUGAUGAGCUUGUCAAGAGGGUUUUGGUCAUGAGGGAGACGUGUCCCGAGGGUGCUUAUCAGGUUAGAUUGUGCAAGGACGGCAAAUGGACAACUGUUCUCGUUGAUGAUCUUCUGCCGUGUGACAAGAGGGGUCAUCUUGUCUAUUCUCAAGCGAAGAGAAAACAGCUGUGGGUGCCGCUCAUUGAGAAGGCUGUCGCCAAGAUUCAUGGUUGCUACGAGGCAUUGGUCUCGGGUAGAGCUAUUGAAGGACUUGCUACGUUAACUGGCGCCCCUUGCGAAAGUGUGCCUUUACAGCCCUCAGCACUGCCGAGCGAAGACGAACUCGAUAAGGAUCUCAUUUGGGCACAAUUGCUUUCUUCGAGACAAGCUAUGUUUCUGAUGGGCGCCAGUUGUGGGGGUGGAAAUAUGAAGGUCGAUGAGGAGGAGUACCAGAGGAAGGGACUGAGACCGAGACAUGCGUACUCAGUUCUUGAUGUUCGUGAUGUUCAGGGGAUUAGACUCCUCAGGCUGAGGAAUCCUUGGGGCCAUUACAGCUGGAAGGGGGAUUGGUCGGAUGACAGUCCCAUAUGGACACCUCAGUUGAGGGAGAUGUUGAUGCCUCAUGGGGCCUCUGACGGAGUCUUCUGGAUAUCUUUUGAUGAUGUCCUCAAAUACUUCGACUGCAUCGACAUCUGUAAGACUAGGGUUGGCUGGAGCGAAGUCAGGCUUCGAGGGACUCUGCCUCCGUUGUCGUCGUUGAGACAUCUUUCGUGUGUUCUUUUGACUGUUCUUGAACCCACGGAAACGGAGUUCACGCUGUUUCAGGAGGGCCAGAGGAACUCGGAGAAGUCUCAACGAUCGCAACUGGAUCUUUGUGUUGUUGUAUUUAGGACUAGAUCACCAGCUGCACCUGAGGUGGGACGACUUGUGGAACAUAGUAAACGACAGGUUCGGGGAUUUGUUGGGUGUCAUAAGAUGCUGGAGAGGGAUUUGUAUAUUGUUGUUUGUUUGGCGUUCAAUCAUUGGCACACCGGGAUGGAGGAUACAUCUAGCUAUCCUGAGUAUGUUCUUGCUAUUCAUAGUUCAAAACGAUUGCUGGUGGAACAGAUAUCUCCACCUGCUUUUGUGCUUGCUGAUGCUAUUAUCAGUCUGACGUUGGCCAAGGGACAACGCCACGAGGGGAGAGAAGGCAUGACAGCCUACUAUUUGACCAAAGGAUGGGCAGGGUUAGUUGUGAUGGUUGAGAAUCGUCACGUCAAUAAAUGGAUUCACGUUAAAUGCGAUUGUCAUGAGAGCUACAAUGUUGUCUCGACGAGGGGUCAAUUGCGCACUGCCGAUAGUGUUCCACCGUUGCAUCGACAAGUAAUAAUUGUGUUGACACAACUCGAAGGUAGCGGUGGCUUCUCCAUAGCUCAUCGUCUAACACACAGAUUAGCAAAUAGUGGUAACUUACAUGACUGGGGCCCACCAGAUACUCAGCAUUGUCCACCAAUUGAUACUCAGGUCGAAGGAUUGCACAGCCCUCGACUGAUCACGUGAAUUGCAACACUUCUGUGCAGCGGUAUUUCGAAGGAACUGAAAAAAAUACAGGAGAUAUUGAGAUAUGGGAGAAUUAAAUGCUGUGAAAAUAAACUCAUGAUCUUCUUUCGUUAUUGUAAUUAAAUGAUACUGUAUGAUUCAAUGUGAUGAAAAAAUCCAUGACAAAGAGAUAUUUAGACGUGGAUGAAGGUGAUAGUUCAAUAAAAAUUUCUUGGUUUUUUUAAAUUACCAGUGAAACUCGAUUAUUCCGUAAGUUAAAGUAACAAUUGGAUUGGGAAGGAGUUAUUUACGUUCGUUAAAAAAAAGUUCAUGAUGAUCAGUAAUUGAGAAGUGACAAAUCCAACAAUUUUUGCUUGAAUAUUAUAAGAAAAAAAAUGAAAACAAAUUAUUUUCUCAACGUAACGUUUAAGUGUCGUAAAGAAUGAAUGUCGAGACUUCAUGAGAAAGCAUAAGAAAAUUUACUGUGAAGAGUUUGCAAUUAAUCGUCUUAAAAAUGGACCACUUUGGUUCAAAUUUCCAUAAUUUCCCGAAUUUUUCCGUUGAUUUGUCGAUUGAAGUAUUGAAUAAGUAUUUUAUAUUGUGGCUUACGAUCAAUUGUUUCUCUUAAAAUUUGUUAUUAAAUUAAUUUGAUGUAAGGUGAAUGCAUUUAAUGACAGUGCUACGAUACCAAAGAUAAUAUUUGCUGAAAUAAUGGUGAUCAUGUUCGAUUUUUACACAAUUUACUGUAAUUGAACCUAGAUAUGUUUCAUUGCAAUUAUUGAAUUUCAUGGAUGAUAUUGAAGUUGAAUACAACAUGACAUUAAUUAUUGCUGAGAGAACGUGAUUGCAGUUGCCGAUGGCAUAGAUCACUCUGGGAGUUCAUUAAAUCCUUCAAUUCAUCUAGGAAUCAAGUGAUCAUGGAAAUGAUAAUAAUAGUUUGGCUAAGGGUUCUGUCAUUGUCUUCAAUUACGAGAGAAUUGUAUUAUUUUUAUUAAGUCGUCGCACUGAUUUCGUAUUGUUCUUUUAUACAAAUGCAUUCGUAGCACAAAUGAUAUUUAAUAAAGAAUAUAAUUUUGUUAUUUGAUAAUGGUGAAGAUUAUAUUUGCGCAUUUAUGAUUAUUCGGUUUGUAUUUGUUCAACGCACAAAAUGAGCUGUAUUUGAAGAUUUUGGGGUUGAUUGUUCGAAUUUUUUGGUGAAGUUGUGACACUUACUGAAUAACAUAGGAGAUUUACUCGAUGAUGAGGGAAUUUAUGACGACAAGACCAGAGAUUUUUUUUCGGGUGAAGAAAAAUUCUCUGGAAAAAGUCUGUUGGCUUUUCCCAAUGGAUUAAUUCUAUUGAGCUUCAUAAUCUCGUAACUAAAUUGUUGUAUGGGUGUUGUUGAGUACAUUUUUUGCAUAAUGUUAAAAAGGAAUCGAUGGUAUUUUACAUGAUUUUAAUUAAAUGAGUUGCAUUCGAAAAAUUUAGUGUUUAGAGUGAGAAUUCUUCAAUAUAAAAUUUAAAAAAAUAUAAAAUUGACGUGAUAAUGUGUAGAUUUCUGAGAAAAUGUCAAAAGAUCUUUUUUGUAGCUGAGGAAAUUCUUUACGAAAAGUUCGAUCAACAUUUUUCUUUAAAACCCCUCGUGAUGAAAAUAAAAAAACUAACAAGCCUGAGUAAUCGAUUCCUUCAAUUGAGUUAUACGACUUCAUCACUGAAUUGUUCUACAUGUAUUAUUGAGUGAGUUUUUUGCAUAAUUUUAAAAAGACCUUAAUAACUUUCCAAAAAUAUUCUAGGUGAAUUUAAUAAAAUGAGUUGUGCUCGCUAAA